AUGUCCGGUAGAGGAAAAGGUGGAAAAGGUUUAGGAAAGGGUGGUGCCAAGAGACACAGAAAGAUCUUGAGAGACAACAUCCAAGGUAUCACCAAGCCAGCUAUCAGAAGAUUGGCCAGAAGAGGUGGUGUCAAGCGUAUCUCUGCUUUGAUCUACGAAGAAGUCAGAGUCGUCUUGAAGUCGUUCUUGGAAAACGUCAUCAGAGAUGCUGUCACUUACACUGAACACGCAAAGAGAAAGACCGUCACCUCUUUGGAUGUCGUCUACGCCUUGAAGAGACAAGGUAGAACCUUGUAUGGUUUCGGUGGUUAA